GGCUUCUAGUGCCAAUCGUACUUUUUUUUCUGACCUCAUGUUCGUGUGGGUUUUUUUGUCAGUUUCCUCGAAACUAUGCUGAGGCGUGAUUGUGUAGAGUGGUUAUCUACUUGAGAUAUAGGAAGCUAGGCAGCUAGCUCACUUAAACGUCACAAGUCGACGCAGGCUGCUAGCGAGGAAAGCUACGUAUCACUUUCUCGCGCUGAACUCACUUAUCAAGCAGCUGUCCAACAGCAUUAAUCAUCGACGCGAGUCAAACACUCCCACAGUUUUAGUCUGUAUGCGUUCUGAAAAUGAGAGACGCGUAUGUUUGACAAUCUUUUUGCGACUUUGGAAAAGUUUUUGGUGUGACAUUGAAUUCUUGAAGUCACUCCCGAGCGCACGGUAUGCCACAUGACCGACGAGUUGUGGGGAGUGGAGGGUAUGGCAGGCCGUUUGUAAAGUCACACUGGGAUUACUAAUUACUUUUAAAUGCAAAUAAUACGGUUUCCCCUUGUCGGAAUAUAUAUAUUUUUUACUGAUCAGAAUUAAAUGAAAGACUUCUACUUAAAACAAGUAUUUCUAGAAAUAUUUAAAUGGGGGGGGGGUUAUUUAAUAUGUAAAAGAAACAUCAGAGGGUAUAAAGACGAUGCUUUGAUGGCGGUACUGGCCGAACUGGUGCCUCAACGGAUUGGUUGCCAUGGCGACUUGUGGAUACUCUGAGGACCUUCAGCCUCAGCAGGCCAAUGCAGUAACCAUAGCAACGCCUGCUACCACCACGCCCUCAUCUGCCAAAGCUGCACACUUCCUGUCCGAGAUCCCGGCAGCCUCUGGGAGCGUUUCGUCGGCCAGCCAAGCGGCCAGGGCCUCCAAAGCAGGACAGGAUGCACUUUGUUCACAAGCGCCAACCACCCAGAGCCAGAAGGCAGUGGUGCCAACUACGCCCACGCAGCACUACGUGGGCCCUGAUAUCCAGCACGCUGCUGUCCAGAAGAGUAAUGGCCAGAGCGCUUCGCCCCAGUAUAUCAUAGUGACUGUUACAGAGGGAUCGGCUCACUCCAACGACAGCCUGUCGGACUCCAGCCCACCUGCUCCUGGCAUCCCUACUCAGGUGGUCCAGGCCGUGCAGACGCCGCCACAGAGGUCAGUGUUGCAGGCAGUGACGCAGCCAACCAAGAGGAUUCAGACAGGCCACAUCAGCAGCCUGCAGUCUGUGCAUAUUAACCAGGAGGUGGAACACGUUUACUCGGACCAGGUGCAGUACGUGGAUGGAACAGAAGAUGCGGAUUUUACCACAUCCGGAAUUCGAUCAAACAGCUUCCCUUUCUCCGACUCGCCCCUCUACACCCAGACGCCUCCCGCAUCCUCCUCCGCCUUCUACGAAGCCACGCCCAGCUCUGACUCAGACCUCCCCGGAUCUGUGACUUCGCAGGCGGUUUCCGUGGCGACGGCAGUAGCCAACAGUGGGGCUGGUGCUGUGGGAGCGGCAGGAUAUGUCAUCCAGGGGGGCUAUCUGUUGGGAGGAGGAGGCGCAGCAGCAGCAGGUGGGGGAGGGGGAGGACAGAGUUACUCUAGCCCCAACUCUCGCGCCCCUCCUGCUACUGUCCAGUGGUUGCUGGAAAACUACGAGGGGGCCGAAGGGGUCAGCUUGCCCCGCUGCACCCUCUACUACCACUACAUCCUGCACUGCCAGGAGCAGAAACUAGAGCCAGUUAACGCUGCGUCCUUUGGUAAACUCAUCAGGUCCGUCUUCAUGGGGCUCCGCACGCGAAGACUGGGCACCAGAGGAAACUCCAAGUACCACUACUAUGGCCUGAGGAUCAAAUCCGGCUCCCCUCUGCUCAGACUCAUGGAUGAGCAGCAGCACAUGGCCAUGAGGCAGCAGCCUUUCUCACAGAAAAACAGGAUAAAGCCACUGCAGAAGACACAGGGGAUCGCUAACGGGACAUCGGGUGUGGCGGGCCAGCAGCAGGUGGCGGCGCUCUCUGAUAUUUCAGCCCAGGUGCAACAGUAUCAGCAGUUCCUCGAAGCAUCGAAGCUGCUGCCAGAAUUUGUGAAAAUUGAUCUGGAAGAUCAAGCCCUGCCCGACGGGAUCCACGUGGAGCACCUGAAGGCCUUCCAGGCUCUGUACAGAGAGCACUGUGAGGCUGUUCUGGACGUGAUGAUCAACCUUCAGUUCACUCUGGUUGAGACUCUGUGGAAAUCCUUCUGGAGGUUCAGCCAGAGCAACGACGCAGAAUCUCUCAACCUUCACAACGAGUCUGAGAAACGGUUGCCCAGGUCCUGUUUGGUGGCUCUGUGCAAGUUUGAACCGGUGCUGCGGUGGACCAGGGACUGCGACAACCUGCUCUACCAGACGCUGGUGGAGAUCCUGAUCCCGGACGUGUUGAGACCCAUUCCCAGUGCCUUAACUCAGGCCAUCCGCAACUUUGCCAAGAGUCUGGAGAAUUGGCUGACGGGCGCCAUGAUGAACAUCCCUGAGGAAAUGGUUCGCAUCAAGGUCGUGUGCGUGGGCUCGUUCUCCCAGACGUUACGCCGCUACACCAGCCUGAACCAUCUGGCGCAGGCCGCCCGUGCCGUCCUCAAGAACUCUGCUCAGAUCAACCAAAUGCUCUCCGACCUCAACCGCGUCGAUUUCACCAACGUGCAGGAGCAGGCAUCCUGGGUGUGUCAGUGUGAGGACCGCGUGGUCCAGCGGCUGGAGCAGGACUUCAAGGCCACGCUGCAGCAGCAGAACUCCCUGGAGCAGUGGGCGUCCUGGUUGGACGGAGUCGUUUCCCAGGUGCUAAAGCCCUAUGAGCAAAACCCAGCGUCGCUGCCCAAGGCGGCCAAAGUCUUUCUGCUCAACUGGUCCUUCUAUAGCUCCAUGGUGAUCCGGGACCUGACUCUGCGCAGCGCCGCAAGUUUCGGCUCCUUCCACCUGAUCCGCCUGCUGUACGACGAGUACAUGUACUACCUGAUCGAGCACAGGGUGGCCAAGGCCAAAGGGGAGACGCCCAUCGCGGUCAUGGGAGAAUUUGCCAGCACCGUUAAGAACAGAAACUAUCCGGAUCUGGAUAAAGAAGAAGAAGAGGACGACGACGAGGAGGACAGCGAGGAGGAGAGCGGCGAGAUCAUGCUGCAGUCCAGCUCCCUGAAGGUGGACGAGGAGCAGUGCGACAUGGAGCCGCCGGCCAAGCAGCCCAGGACCAGUUUGAACCUGCACCACGGCCUGACCCAGGCCCACGGCGCUUCACCCUGAGUUAAACGCGCGCUCGCGUUCACGUUUCAGAUCAUGCCAUCCUGUCCUGAAACCACGGCGGUCUGGACAAGCACCAUGUCUGCUUGUCUGUUUGUGAAGCCUGGGAAUGUGGAAGAGCCCACCUCUGAUUUUUUUUUUCUCUCUCUCUCUCUUUCUGUUCUGUACUUUUGUGUUGCUGUCGUUGACCUCUUUGCCUUCACUCGACCGCCUCCAGCCCUUCUGCCCUUGCUCCCUGUGCCUUCCCCGUCUGCCCCAGUGCCCAUAAAGCCUGACCUGUCAGUACGAUACGCUCUUGACUUCCCUCCUGUCCUGCCUUAACCACUGACCUGAGUGCUGUGGAGCGAUGGGAAUCGUCCCGUCUCCUUCAGCAGUACUUCUUUAACUCAAACGCAUUGCUUGCCUUUAAUGAAAUGACUAUGCAGUGGGGUGUGAUGGGGGGGGGUGGAGGACUUUAAUUAAUGUCUUUGUAAGAAACGUACAUCUAAGAGUAGCAUCUGGAACGAUACAGCAGCAUGAAUUAUGUCUGAACAGUUUUAGGUGAGGUUGCCAUAUUUUUAUUUUUUUUUUUGAAGUUUGUUUUUGACCUAACUGAUGAUCUGUGCCUUUAAGAGAUUUCUAAUCUUAAAAAAAAAAAAAAGACAGCAAACACACAAAAAGUUUGCGAUCUAUAAAAAGACACAUAUAUUCUAAUCUGCAUUGUGGAUUAAUAAAUGAAUGUCCUGUGAA